AAUCCGUUGCUCCCGAUGCCUACUGAGGAUCAAAUUGAAGGCAGAAUAUCGCCUAAUGCUCUUAAAUCCGGUAUAUGCUGUUCCGUUGGCAACCAACAGUCUGAAUCAUUGACCCAACUGCAGGUGCUUUACUCAUUUAAGCAUGACCAAACACCCAAGGUCCGGAAGCCCUAUUCUAUAACCAAGCAAAGGGAAAAAUGGACAGAGGAAGAGCAUCAAAAGUUUCUUGAAGCUUUAAGUUUGUAUGGUCGUGGCUGGCGCCAAAUAGAAGAGCAUGUAGGCACGAAAACUGCUGUUCAAAUUCGAAGUCAUGCUCAAAAGUUUUUCUCUAAGGUUGCUCGUGAAUCCAAUGAUGGCUUUGAGAGUUCCACUAAACCAAUUGAGAUACCACCUCCUCGUCCAAAAAGGAAGCCAAUGCGUCCAUAUCCACGUAAAUCUGUUGUUUUGCUCAAAGGAAUAUCUCCAUCAUCUCAACCAGAGAGGUCUCCAUCCCCCAAUCACUUUGUUUCAGAACAGGAUAACAAGUCGCCCUCAUCAGUUCUGUCUGCAUUUGUUUUCGAUGCAAUGGGGUCUUCUGCCUCGGAGCAACCAAAUAGAUGCUCUUCCCCAACAUCUUGUACUACUACUAAUAUACAGUCACUCAAUACAUCCCCUGUUGAAAAAGAAAAUGACUAUGUGACAUCUACAGAGAAAGAGAAUGAAUCUUUAUCAUCUGUUAAAGUUUCAGGACAUUCAACUGAGGAGAACAUUUUAUCUUUGAAAUCUAAUACAAAUUUCGAGGAACCUGUUUGUGCCAAAGGAAGUGCAGACACAGUAGAUGUGCCUUUCACUAGUAUUAAGCUUUUUGGGAAAACAGUUGAGGUGAAAUGUUCUGGUAAACCUUACACAUCUAAGAGCAGUGUAGAGGGAAAUGAUGUAGACAGUGAGAGACUUGUUCAGGCAUUACCAUCGACAUGUUUGGACUUGCAUCUGUCAAACGGGACAGUCAUCGAUAAUUGGAGAAUGGUACCUUCCAAAUCUAGUUUAUCCCCUUGUACUGAAAUCCACCCAGAUAAAAAAGACCAUGUAGAAUACACCGGUAAUGCUCCUGUGCCAUGGUUGGCUCUUUACCAAGGUCUACCCUUUUAUUACGUUACUUCAUUUAAUCAAACCCGUAAAGACUCUUGUGUCGAAGAGAGUACGAAAGAAAAGGAAACUCUGAAUGAAAGAUCUUCCACGGGUUCAAAUACUGGCUCGGUUAGUCAAACAGAAAAUAGGGAGAAGAAUUCAGAUUCUGUUGAUUCUCAGUGCCAAAAUCUUUCUCCAGAGGGAAAAAUGAACCCCCAAAAGAGUAGUAAGGGGUUUGUGCCAUACAAAAGAUGCUUAGGGGAAAGAGAUAUGUCCGUUCCCAAGGAGCAGGAGAGAGCGCAGAAAGCCCGAGUUUGGUCAUAGUUGCUAUGACAGCGCCUUUGUUAGUAAGGGGGUGACAAAUAAUCACUUCAGGUGCUGGUUUACAUAUUAUAGGUAAUUUUGACCUGUUUGUAAUAUACCAUUCUGUAUAUUAGCUACCUCCAGGUGGCACGUGGACACGGGGGAAGCAGACCGAUCAAUGGCAGUUUUAACAUCUGUGGUCCGGUGUGUUUAUAGCUCCAGAGUUGGAAUGGCCUUAGCAACAUGGGGGUCUGUUUGUGUGUGAAAGAAUCAUGUAUCCUAGAUUUUUCAUGUCAAGCAUCGAGUUGAAGAUAUAUAUGUACAUAUAUGUAUGUUCUGGAUGCCGACAUGUUUUACUGCAACGCCUGUAAUCUUAACUUCUCCCCUUGUUAAAUUGAACAGUUUGUUUACCCAUCUUCUACAUAAA